CUCGAUUCAGAUCCUCUGUACUUGGCGAUGACGUCUAAAUCGCUAGUUGGAUUAUCUUGCAUUCACAAGACAUCGCGACCUUGACUACUCACUGAAUCCGAAACUCCUGUUCAUAAAACAUGGUUGAAGAAUACGUGAGAGAGCAGAGGGCAUGGCUCGGACAAUUGUACCCGAAGCAUGGAGACGUUUUACCGCCUACAGAGCGGAAUCUUGAUCCUCAAUCUCCCCAAUGGCACAUUGUCCAGACAUUCCAAGAUCUGCUUGAAUCUGGGAUUGGAGGAGAAGAGGCAGCUCAGCGUCUAGCCGACGUGAUAUUGCCAUCGAAAGACACCGAAACCCUUUACGACAACCUCUGGGGUUGCUUCUUUAACGCCGUCGAAUCGUUCUCGGAUUUCCAGACUCUUACAACUCUAUCAGAUCUUCUGGCCAGUCUAGCUAGUCCCCCGAAUGCUGUCAAUGACGAAGUGAUAGAGCAAGAAACCAUCCGACCAGAUCACUCAAUCGUUGCCACUUCACCCGGCCACAACCAACAUCCAUGGCACGAUCUUUCUCUACUAUCCAUAAACAUCACCGAGCGGAUGCAAGGACCAGAAACCUAUCUCUGCUACAACGAGCCCCCCAAACUCGCCGCAAGGAAGUGGAAAAACAUGAACGCCUUUCUCGCAAUCCUCAUCCGCGACCACGCCACAAUUUCCCCGACUCUCUUUGGCGGUCGAAUUUGGCAUGCUUUUGAUACUUUGGCGAUGGCUCUCGAACACCCGCCUAAGUCUCGGUUGGGUAGGAAUAUGAUUUUGCAUCUUCCUGCUGCUUGUGCGUGGAUAUGCUUGGCUAGAGAUACCGUCUGGGAAGCUGUGGAAGUGGGGCAAGAGGGUAGAUAUUGGACAGCGAGUGCAGGGCAACUUUGGCCAGAUCGAGAUGGAACGAAUGUAGUUGAUGAGAGGAGGUGGGCAUUUUGGAAGUGGAGGUUAGAAGAUGUUAGGGAGGAUUCAAGAAUCGAUAGUGAAUUGGCGGAUAUGCUGUUACAAGCAUCGAAAUUGAUGUAAUAUUCGUUUGCUUGCCGUGGAAGACAAAAGGAGAAAGGCGCAUGAAAUUCCAACUUACUCGAAG